CCCUCACGAGAGAUGACGCAGCCACCGCAGCAAGGAAUAGCAGAACGAGGCUUAUCAGCAGCUUGGAAAGCAGCAAAAAUCAAUAAGAAAUUAAAUCUGAUUAAUCUUAAGCGUACAGGAUAUCUAGUGCAAGGAAAUUAACUGACUGAUGCGAUGGAGAACGGAAACCCUCCAGGUGCCCCAGAGCAAAAGGGCGAGUCCACUUCAAAGUCGCGGGGUGAUGCCAUAUUGGCCGAACUGGAAGCAAAUAUGGGCAAAUUCGCGUCAAUUGCUACCAGUGUCAAGGACAUGUCGGCGAGCAUUGCAAGCUUAAGAACGGAUAUCAAUGAAUUGAAGCGGAAAAGAACGCCAGAACAAGAUUCUGAUGACCAAGGACCUUCCUCAAAAAAGGAUCAAUCCGACGAACCAGAAGAAAUGGACUCGUCCGAUGACGAUGACGAAUUUGACGAUGAAUUGGAAGAAUUCCUGUCAAAUAAAAAACCAGAAGCUGAAGAAGACGAUUUCUGGCAAGACUUAAAUGACUUCGUAGCUGAAAAUGAAGACGUUGGCGAAGAAGUAUCAGAAAAAAUUGCGUCCAUAUCGCAGAAAGCGCUUCAAUGUAAUGCAGAUGAAAAGAAAAUCAAAGAAAUCAAAGAACGAAACAAAUGA